UUGAACGGACAUCUCCGACUCCAACUAUGGCAGAAGUAGCCCCAGCUCCCGCCGCGGCUCCGGCCAAGCCCGCCAAGAAGAAGGCGGCCAAACCCGCCAAGAAGGCCGGACCCAGUGUGGGGGACCUGAUCCUGAAAGCCGUGUCCGCUUCCAAGGAGCGGAGCGGCGUGUCUCUGGCCGCCCUGAAGAAGGCUCUGGCCGCCGGAGGAUACGAUGUGGACAAGAACAAGGCCCGCGUCAAGACCGCGGUCAAGAAGCUGGUCCUGAAGGGGACCCUGGUCCAGACCAAGGGCACCGGGGCCUCCGGCUCGUUUAAGAUGAGCAAGAAGACCGAGACCAAGGCCAAGAAGCCCGCAAAGAAAGCCGCUCCUAAAGCCAAGAAGGCCGCCGCCAAGAAACCCGCAGCCGCCAAGAAGCCCAAGAAGGCGGCGGCGGCCAAGAAGGCCCCAGCCGCCAAGAAGGCUCCGAAGAAGGCCAAGAAGCCCGCAGCGGCGGCCAAGAAGGCGGCCAAGAGCCCCAAGAAGGCGGCCAAGAGCCCCAAGAAGGCGGCCAAAAAGGCCCCCGCAGCCAAGAAAGCCCCCGCGAAGAAGGCAGCCAAGCCCAAAGCAGCCAAGAAGGCCCCGGCAAAGAAGGCAGCCCCCAAAAAGAAGUAAAGAGUCACCGGUCUGAGACAGGACCACACUGAGCAAAGGCUCUUUUAAGAGCCACCACCACUGCUGGAAAGACACACUUCCUCCUUGUAAAUAUGUGUAUUUAUUUAAAAUAACUUUCAGCUUAAAUGGUGUACAUCAAACCGCAGACU